AUGGAAGAUUCUCAGUCGCUCCCUCACUCUCCUUCCGAUAAUUUCAGCUGUCGCGUGACAGAUGGAGGAAGCUCCGCCACCGGCGGAUCGAGUAACGGAGCGAAGUACAGGCUUAUGUCUCCGGCGAAGCUCCCGAUCUCCAGGUCCACUAGUAUUACUAUUCCUCCAGGCCUUAGUCCGACGUCGUUCCUUGAAUCCCCUGUCCUUCUUUCCAACAUUAAGGCAGAGCCUUCUCCAACCACAGGUUCCUUUUUCAAGUCUCAAUUGAUGCAAGGCUCUGGUGAAAGCGCAGCAUUGUCAUUGGACAAACAUUGUGCUGGUGGCAACGCUAUUGACCAAGGAACAUCCAGCAGCUUCGAGUUUAAUUUUCACUCUGGAUCUAGUUCCACACUGGGAUUAUCGUCCAUGGGAUUGGCGAUUCCUGCAGGAUUGAACAGACAGCAGCUUGGUCCCCGCAGUCAAAUUCAAGACCAGCUGUUUUCGCAGUCUUCGUCAUCUUCAUCUUUUGUUACAUGUGAGCUUCCAAGAUCAAAAGAUUUGAGAGUAUCUGCUCCCACAAGUGUGCAUACUUCAUCAGUUUGUGAUGCUAUUGACGAGUUAAAUCAGGGAGGCGAAAGAACAUCAGACGAUGGUUAUAACUGGAGAAAAUAUGGGCAGAAACUUGUUAAAGGAUGUGAAUUUCCUCGAAGCUAUUACAAGUGUACAUAUCCCAACUGUGAGGUAAGAAAGUUUUUCGAACGUUCUCCAAGUGGACAUAUAACAGAAAUCGUGUACAAGGGUUCACAUGAUCACCCAAAACCUCAACCUGCCCGUCGAUAUAAUUCUGGUGCUCUCAUGUCCAUUCAAGAGGAGAAAUUGGACAAGGAUUUAUCAUUCACUAAUCAACAGGACAAGUUGAACACCAAUACUCUGAGCAGUAGCGUGGAGCCAAAUAUGUCUCCAGUGCUGUCUCUUCAGCAAGCAAAUGAUGAUGGUCUAUAUGGGACAGGAGAAUUUCAGGCCAUUGAUGAAGAUGAUCCAUUUAUUAAGCGAAGGAAGAUAGAGGAGGAUCUUGAUGUUACACCAGUGGUUAAACCCAUUCGUGAUGCACGUGUUGUUGUUCAAACUACGAGUGAAGUUGAUGUACUAGAUGAUGGAUAUCGUUGGCGCAAGUAUGGGCAGAAAGUAGUCCGAGGAAAUCCGAAUCCCAGGAGUUAUUACAAGUGCACAAAUGCCGGAUGCCCAGUGAGGAAGCAUGUUGAAAGGGCAUCCCAUGAUCUCAAAGCAGUUAUAACUACAUAUGAGGGUAAACACAACCAUGACGUCCCGGCUGCCAAGAACAGUAGCCAUGACUUUGCAGGAACCACGCCAUUUAGUGGGACUUCGAGAAUGAAACCAGAAGAUAAAGGCUCAGUUAGCCUUGAUCUUGGGGUCGGAAUUAGCCAGAAUCAAGCUAAUGAACAGCUGCACAACUUGAAUGCUCAAACUGCACAAAGCCAAAUUCCACCUAGUGAUUCCAGUAUGAUGAUAGUUCAACCAUCACAAAUCCCUCGCUAUGGUUUUGUAAAUGGUGGGUUGAAUCUUUAUGGAAAUAGAGAAAAUCGUGUUGAAGGGCAUAACUUUCAGAGUCAGCCUGUACAUGCUUCUAGCCAAUGUCCACAAAAUCUUGGAAGAAUUCUUAUGGGUCCAUAA